AUGAACUCCAUACCCUAUGAAUUGCACUGGCAAUUAGAUGCUCUCUGGUCGUGGUUUGACGAUGAGCCGUCUCUGCGCGUUGCUAUUAUCACCGGCGCCGGGACAAAGUCCUUCUGCGCUGGCUCCGACCUCAUCGAGAUCGACAAGGUCAAUACUGCCAAACAAUCCGGCCAAGCUGACGCCGAGCCAUGGAAACAUAGUCAUCCGAAAUCCGGCUUUGCAGGUCUGAGUCGACGAGACGGCCGAAAGCCGAUCAUCGCAGCUGUCAAUGGCUUUGCUCUAGGUGGUGGGAUGGAGAUUGUACUGAAUUGCGACAUGGUAAUUGCUUCUCCCACUGCAUCGUUCGGUCUGCCGGAAGCCCAACGAGGACUGUAUGCUAGUGGUGGCGGGCUUCCUCGCCUGCUCCGUACUGUCGGCCUCCCUGUUGCUAGCGAUAUGGCGUUGACUGGACGGCUGUUCAGUGUUGAGGAGGCUCGAGAAUGUCAUUUGAUCAACCGGAUAGCGGCGUCGGCAGAGUCUCUGCUCAGUGAGGCAGUAGAGAUCGCUGAUAGCAUUGCAGCAAUUUCUCCUGGUGCAAUCGUCGUGACGAGAGCGGCGUUGAGGGAGGCGUGGGAAACUGCUAGCGUAGAGCGAGCGUUCCAACUCACGCACGAGAGGUAUGAUUCAAAGCUGAUGAAAGGCUUCAAUGCAAAGGAGGGUCUGGCAGCGUUCAAAGAGAAAAGAUCGCCGCGGUGGCAGGGGUCGAAGUUAUGA